GAUCUACCCGUAGACCGUAGAUUGAUACUUUUCUUCCCAUUGAAACGUUAAUCAUUUGAAAGAAACCUCCAUUUUAUUUAGUGGGAAUGAUCGUGUUUGAGCUGUAAACGAUAUUUUUUUACGUAUAAACCGUAGCUACUGAAAUGAUCAAUCUUUUGACGAAGUUCCACUGAUCCCAAUGCCCCACGUUGUGCUGCCUUCAUAAACAAUCGAUCAACAAACUCCCGUAUUGUCAAGGCAAUUAGAAAAAUCUUGCUGCCGCUUCAUCUACCCAUACCCAUCUUAUCUUUUCGAUUCCGGGUUUACAGUGAGAGUGAGCGGUAAAAAGGGGGAACAUAGAUGGCGAUGGGCAGCAACUAUGGUGGGUUUGAUUAAGAAAUUUCAACAUACUUGUGCGUUCAUUUGCUUUGUUAAUUUGGUGCUUACCCAGUUGAUUUUGUAUCAGUUUUUGCUUACAUGGAGAGUUUAGAACGUGGAGGUAGUUGAAGCGGCACGGAGUUGAAGCUCUCUGUAUGAAGGAAGAAUUUCUGAGUGGAUUUAGCGAUUCUAGUUCCUUGUUUUUUCGGUGGGUUUUGUAGCUUCAGUUUUCAUGGCGGAAAGUUUAGAAGAGGUCUACCUCCAUGGCGAUCUCGACCUUAAAAUCAUUGCGGCCGUUCAUUUGCCUAACAUGGACAUUGUAUCUGAUAAUCUCCGUCGUUGCUUCACGGCCUGUGGUACUGUCAAUUACUCUGCCAUUAAAUCCGUCGCAACCAAGUCUCGUUCUGUUGCCGGUGAGGCGAAAGCCCACCAUGGCCAUGGAAAAAUUAUCACCAGUGAUCCAUAUGUUACCGUCCGGGUUCCUCAAGCCACCGUCGCUCGGACUCGGGUCAUAAAAAAUUCCCAGAAUCCCCAUUGGAAUGAGCAUUUCGUUAUCCCUCUUGCACAGAAGAUGGCCGAGUUGGAAUUUCAGGUGAAAGACGAUGAUGUCUUUGGAGCUGAAGUUAUGGGGACGGUCAAAAUCCCUGCUCAGGACAUUGCCUCCGGUAAGACAAUUAGUGGGUGGUAUACGGUGAUUGGCUCAAAUGGCAAGCCACCAAAGCCCGACACUGCACUUCGAAUCGAAAUGAAGUUCACCUCAGUUGAAGAAAAUCCAAUAUAUCGACACGGCAUUGCUGGAGAUCCCGAGCAUAGGGGUGUGCAGCACACUUAUUUUCCUGUCAGGAAAGGGAGCUCCAUGAGAUUGUACCAAGAUGCUCAUGUGCCUGAUGGGCUACUCCCGCAGAUUGAAUUGGAUGGAGGGAAUGUUUAUAGACAAGAGAAAUGUUGGGAGGAUAUCUGCUAUGCUAUAUCAGAGGCUCAUCAUAUGAUUUAUAUCGUCGGUUGGUCCGUCUUUCAUAAGGUGAAGCUGGUUAGAGAGCCAACCAGGCCGUUACCGCGAGGUGGAGAUUUGACUCUUGGUGAUCUCCUGAAAUACAAAUCAGAAGAGGGUGUCAGAGUUCUGAUGAUGAUUUGGGAUGACAAGACUUCUCAUGAUAAGUUCUUCAUUAACACGGAAGGAUUGAUGCAGACGCAUGACGAGGAAACCAAAAAAUUUUUUAAACAUUCUUCUGUGAUCUGUGUGCUUUCACCUCGCUAUCCAAGCGGCAAGCUAAGCUAUGUGAAACAGAAGGUUGUAGGGACUGUCUUCACACACCAUCAAAAAUGUGUCCUUGUUGAUACACAGGGAUAUGGUAAUAAUAGAAAGAUAACUGCUUUUCUUGGAGGUCUUGAUCUCUGCGAUGGUCGUUAUGAUACACCUGAGCAUCGAUUGUUUCACGACCUUGACACAGUAUUUAAGGAUGAUUUUCAUAAUCCUACAAUUCCUCCUGGAGCCAAAGCUCCAAGGCAACCAUGGCAUGAUUUGCACUGUCGGAUUGAUGGGCCAGCUGCUUAUGACUUGCUUAUAAACUUUGAGCAACGUUGGAACAAAGCCACAAGAUGGACAGAGUUUGGACUACGGUGCAGGAGAAUUACUCACUGGCAUGAUGCUUUAAUAAAGAUAGAGCGUAUUUCGUGGAUACUAAGCCCUCACGUAACUCUCUUAGAAGACGGUUCUACAAAAGUUCCUGAAGAUGACCCAAAAGUAUAUGUUUCAAAGGAAGAAGAUCCUGAAAAUUGGCAUGUUCAGAUAUUUCGAUCCAUUGACUCUGGUUCAGUUAAAGGAUUUCCAAAAGAUGUCCAUCUCGCCGAGUCACAGAACCUUGUUUGUGCCAAAAACCUGGCUAUUGAGAAAAGCAUUGAAAUGGCAUAUAUCCAAGCUAUCAGAUCAGCACAACAUUUUAUUUAUAUCGAAAAUCAGUACUUUAUUGGAUCGUCAUAUGGAUGGCCAGGGUAUAAAAAUGCCGGGGCUGAUAAUCUCAUUCCCAUGGAGUUGGCCCUUAAGAUUGCGAGCAAAAUAAGAGCCAAGGAAAGAUUUGUUGUAUAUGUUAUCAUACCAAUGUGGCCUGAGGGAGAUCCAAACAGCGGUCCCAUGCAAGAGAUCCUUUAUUGGCAGGGACAAACAAUGCAAAUGAUGUAUGACAUUGUUGCAAGUGAAUUGAAGUCAUCAGGGCAACCAGAUUUGCACCCUCAAGACUUCCUAAAUUUUUACUGCCUUGGAAAACGGGAAGAAAUUCCUGAGAAUGGGCCAACCACUGAUGAUCCAACGGCAUGUAAUUCGCUAAAAAAUCGACGGUUUAUGAUUUACGUGCAUGCCAAGGGGAUGAUAGUAGAUGACGAAUAUGUAAUUAUUGGGUCUGCAAAUAUUAACCAAAGAUCUAUGGCUGGAACAAAGGACACGGAGAUAGCCACAGGCGCAUAUCAACCGCAUCAUACGUGGGCGAAGAAAAAGAAGCACCCACACGGUCAGAUUUACGGAUACAGAAUGUCGUUGUGGAGUGAGCAUCUUGGAAUGCUAAAUCCAUGUUUUGAGGAGCCAGAAACUUUGGAAUGUGUCAGAAAAAUCAAUGGGAUUGCUGAGGAUAACUGGAACAGAUUCGUAGACAAUGAAUUCCGGACAUUGCAAGGCCACCUUCUCAGGUAUCCGGUGCUCGUGGACGAUGAUGGGAAAAUCAACCCUCUGCCGGGACAUGAAAACUUCCCUGAUGUAGGGGGGAAGAUAAUAGGUUCUCACUCAGCUGCAAUUCCUGAUGUUGUGACCACAUAGUCUCAUUCUUGUAGCAUCAAUGGUUCCUUUUUGCAAGUUUGGUGUUAGGCUCUGUAAAUUUCAUGCCAAACCAAGAUAGCUGCCACUGGUAGAAUAAACCUCUUGACACGGAGUCGAACCAGGUGAAUGGGAAAGAGAGUUGAUCACAUACUAGGGUCACUGACCAGUAGGCAAGUUUUACUGUCGAAAAAGAUAAUUAACAUCACAUAGUUUUUGCUUUAUUUAGGGUGGAUUUUCUUCCUUAUUCAUUUAUGCUUGUAUGUAUUUACAUGGAGUUGAACUGUGAAUGUGAGUAUAAGGAUGUUGUGGUAUAUCAUUCAUAUUCCUUCAAAUAAAUUUUUAAUUUGUUGUUCGAUUGUA